UAGUGUAUGUGAGAGACAAGUUCCUGUUGUCAUUCACUCUUUCCCAAAAGCACUUUUUUGACCUUUUAUCUUGUGAAGGUUCGUUUGCUGUCUGUUAUAAAGAAAAGCUGCAAUGGCUUCGUUGUCUUUAAAUUCGCUGAGACAGGUGUUGCGGUCCAUGGUGGAAAGUCGUGGACAUGACCGCGUUUUAAAAAAGGUUGAAAUUGUGUCAGCUAGUCCUGGUAAGCUGGUCUGCGAGAUGAAGGUGGCAGAGGAGCACACAAACCGAUUAGGGACGCUGCACGGAGGCCUGACUGCCACUCUGGUUGAUGUUAUUUCCACAACUGCCAUUAUGUAUAGCGAGAGAGGCGCCCCGGGGGUCAGCGUUGACAUGAACAUCACGUACAUGAAUGCAGCCAAAGUUGGUGAAGACGUCUUGAUCACAGCCCAGGUUUUAAAGGAAGGAAGAACUCUGGCAUUCGCUACUGUGGAUCUCACGAACAAAGCUACCGGGAAAAUAAUCGCUCAGGGACGGCACACGAAGCACCUUGGCAGUUGAUCAUGAAUACACCCUGCACAAAGGUCAUAAAAACAAUGGGACUCUUGUAAAGUUAUGCUGCACAUACAUGAAGUAUAAUAAAAGCACCACAACAAGAUUUCUUAA